AUGAGCAGCAGCAGCAGCAGCGUUGGCGGUGGCGGUGGCAAUGGCAAUGGGAAUGGCAACGCUGGUCAGCAGUUUUAUGGCUCAGCUGGCUUUGGGUUGCAUCAUCAGCAGCAGCAACAACAGCAGCAGCAACAGCAGCAUCACCAACAGCAGCAGCAGCAGCAGCUCAUGGGCUUGGGCAUGGGUAUGGGAAUGGGCGUGGGCAUGGGCGUGGGCGUCGGUGGAGUGGGAGGCGGUGGCGGUGGCAGCGUCGGAAGCGGCUGCAAACGCUAUCAGCGAAAGUUUUACAAUCGCAACUAAAUCGCCCCCGUCGAGAAUCAAGACAAGCAACCACGAUAUAGUUAUCGACUUAUCGAUAUAUAAAUAUAUAUAUAUAGUAUAUAUGAAGUACUCAGAUUGUUUGUGUAGUUAUGCCUAAAAAUGUAAAACCAUAAAAUGUUCGUUUCGCUUUGACUGAGUUAAAGUUUCUUAGUUUAUAAUUGAAUAUGUUCUCAUUUCUCUCACAUACACAUCAAAUCUUACCUAUAACUACUUACUACUAUGUAUGUAUAUCCUAUAUGCUACACGACUAUAUAAACAGCAUAUAAGUUCUCUCUCACACACAAACGAAAAUAAAAAACAAUGUUCAUUGAAUCCAUUUAACAAUGGAAGCGACAAUAUGCAACUUUAACUUUAUUUUUCUCUCACUUUGAACACAUGUAAAUAUUUUGCUUGCAACAAACACAAAAUACAAAUAUUAGUUAAUAUGCAAAUAACAAAUAUUGUUACAUUUUAAAGAUACCAAUUUUUUUUUUUUUUUUUUUUUGUUAUCUUUUAAGUCACGCAUCACCGCUUUGUAUAUCGAAAUCGAUAUAUAAAUAAACACAUUUAUAUAAACUAUACAUAAAUAUAAAUAUACAUUUUUUUUUCGUAAUUUUUAUUUUUUACGCUCGAAGCGUGCGGUGCCAAAUCUAAUUCAAAGCAGUGCCAAAAAAAAAAAAAAAGAAUGCGGCAUAAAAAUUCAAAUUUACAUGAGAAGAAAAUGUAACUUUUUCAAAUGGUUUUACUUAUUAUUUAAUAUGUUUAUUUCGGAAACGAAAACGAAGAAAACGGAAAUAACUUUGUAAUAAUUGUUAAACAUCCCCACCGACCAAUAUACAUAAACAAUUAUAUAUAUAUGUUUUUUUUUUAUAAUUUUUAGUUUCUUUUAUUUAUGUGUCGUUUGCUUUUAAUUUAUCACCAUUUGGAAUCGAAAGCCGCCAGAUGUAAAAGUGUAAAGUGUGUAAGCAACGCAGAUUCAUUGGCAUUUUGUUAAUGUGUAAAUAACUAUAUUUAAUCAUUUUCUAUAUGUGUACAAUAAACGAUUAAUUUUCGCGUUCAUUUUGAAGUCUGUUAGAGCCACAUUGUUGAUUAUUAUUUAAGUUUAAUUAGUGCGCGAGGCUAAAAGAUCAUCAUCAUCAACAACAACAACAAAUCAUCAACUCUAUUUUUUUUGACUAAAUGUAAAAAAAAAAACAAGAAAAAAUUAAAAAAAAAAGUAAAAUAGAAAACAAAUAAGUGAAUUAUAUAAGAAAAAUGAAGAUACGUGUAUAAAACAAAAAAUGAAACUAGUUACAAUAUAAAUGUAUUUAUUAAUAUGAUAUAAACCCAAUUUUUUUUUUUAUUAUCAUUAUUAUUAUUCAAUAUGCAUAUUUAAUGUCAGCACUCAUGCGAUUCCAUUUAAUCUAUAAAUAUUACAAGAGCUAAGCGUUAAAUUAAAUACAAAAAAUACAAAAAUUUUCACAAAACAAAAAAAAAAGAUUAAUAAACUAGCAAAAAUAUUAAUGUGUAAAACCAAUAAACAAAAAAAAAAGCAUAACAAAUUUAAUCUUGUAAGCAGUGAAAAGAAAAAACCAAAGUGUGGAUAAGCAAAAAAUAUAUAUAUAUAAAAAAAAAAAAAAAAAAUACGAAAAAAUAAAAUAAAAAGAAAAAGAAAACUAUUCAAGAUGUAUGCAUUAAUUACAUUAUAUAUGAUAUAUGAUAUAAAAAUACCAACCUACGUCUAUAAUCAUAAAUAUAACUAGUAUGUUAAAUCAAUGUAAAAUGCAUAAGCAAAGAUUUUUUUUAUUGCGCAACGUAUAGAAUCAAAACAAAACGUAAAUAUUUAAAUAUAAAUAUAAAUAUAAAUACAAAUAUAUAUAUAUGUAUAUUAAAUAUUUAAGAUACGCAUACAAUGAUAUAGUACCGAUUAGAAUGGCAUGAACAUGAAGAAGAAGAAGAAUGCGCAGUGUUGCGAUCAAUUCUAGAUAAACGCAAAACAAAACCAGAAAAAAAAUCAAAAACUGACAAAAAAAUAAAAACAACAAAGAGAAGAACAAAAACAAAACAAACAAAAAACACAACAACAACAAAAAAAAAACACAUAAAAA